AUGGCACCCAAGCGCAAGGCCUCUGCCCCCAAGGAGGCUGCCGCAAAGAAGUCCAAGCAGGCUGCCGCGCCUGCCGCGCCUGCCACCGCUGCCGUGGCGCCUGGCGCGGUGGUGAUAGAGCACUGCCGGGCUGCCGAACUGGAGGGGAUUGUGAAGGAGAGUGUACCUGGAGCUGUGUUUGUGAUCAACCCUGACAAGCCACGCAAGGGCACCUUUGAGGUGCGGCGCGAGGGAGUGGUGUAUGAGUCGCUGCAGGCGAUGCCGCGGCCGUUUGCCAAGCUGCGCAACCUGGACCUGGAGGCCUUGGCGGCCAAGGUGGCUGCCGACCUGAAGUGA